AUGGACCAGUAUCAACAUCAGGCGGUGGGCACUUUCGCCCUGCUGUCGUGUGCUGCGCUGUGCUUGAUCCAUCACCGCCUGCGAGAAAACUCUUCACCUCAUCGCAGCCACCGGUAUGACUCCUCCCAUCCUGCACGCUCCCAGCUCUUCCCAUGGCGCCAAACGCUCGUUGAGAUGUGGCCUGGUUUCACUCUGGUACGACCAGCUUGCUUGCAAUCACUGGCCAACGUCCCAGAUUCCACCCGACCCACACCGCACUCGAUGCCGUACAUUGGUCUCAAAGGCAAGAUGGCGUCAACACAGGCUAACGCGUCGUGUCAGGUGCGCUCUAUCCUCUUCUAUCUCUGCUGGCACAUUACAACUGUCCUGUCAUUUUGCACACACGGUCACGCUUUGCCGCAGGGGUUCGCGAAUGUAGAGAGCGUCCGAACGGGAAGCUCGCAACCGUCCGCUCAUAACAGACAAAGAACCAUCUCCGCGUUUGUGCCACCUGACCGCUCUCCGGGCGACUUCCGUUGGCUCGUGUUCAAAUCUGUGGAAGGACCGGUGAGAUGCCUUCCAUCCGCGACCCGCGAGACACAUGAACAUCUGUUCAACGAGCGGCUUUAUCGAUCCACGGCUAUGUGCAUUGGUCGUGAAAUCACAGCCUAUCGUUCGCCAUUCGAAGGCAAUCAGGAACGAGGCAACACACGAGGCCGCCACCACUAA